CCGAGCUUGAUCCCCAGAUUCCACAGAUAAUGCGAGAUAUAUAGAACGAGACCCCGUUCUUGAAAUUUCUCAGAAUCCAAUAAUAUCCUCGAUCAUCGCUGGAAUAUCUUCACAAUGAACUCUCUCUUCAACUCGGCUCUCAAGCAGUCAUCUGCAAUUCGUCGAGACAUCGACACAUUUGCACAGUCACCAGCUACAACACCGACGGCCUUACAAGGCCAGAUAGCAGCGUCUCUUGCUUCCCUCUCACGAACGAUCGACGACUACUCGGCUCUAUCGAAAAAAGAACUGAUACCCGCCAAACAAGAGAAGGCAUUCGAGCGAGUAAAGAACUUCCGGACCGAACUCUCAGACUACCGACAACAGUUUGAACGACUCAAGAAAGAGCGGGAAGAGACGCAAUCCGUGACGAAUCGCAACGAACUGUUCGGUCGACGCCCUCACCACACAGCCACCCCGGAAAACCCCUACGCACAACCCUCGCAGCCUCCGACCACCUCGGCCUUUGCGCCCUCUGCCGGCUCCCGGAUGAGCUUUGGCGCCUCCCCAGCAGACUACACGCGCGAGGAGCACGCGCUCCGCGAACAGUCCUUCUUCGCCUCGACCAACACCCAGCUCGAUGAGUUCCUGGACCGCGGCCGCGCGGUCCUCACCGAUCUAGGCCAUCAGCGCGAAAUGCUCAAGGGCACCCAGCGGCGCCUGUACAGCGUCGCGAACACCCUAGGGAUCAGCGGGGAUACCAUCCGCCGUGUUAACCGGCGGGCGAAGCAGGAUAAGUGGAUAUUCUGGGGCGGGGUGUUGGCAUUCUUCUUUUUCUGCUGGGCGGUGCUGCACUUCUUGAGAUGAACAGGCUACCAUCAUGGCGGGUCAUCAAGAUAUUUUGUAGACCUGCUUCACUUCUUUAUUUCUGUUUUUUUUUUUGGUUCGUUUCUUGAGAGCAGUCAGCGCCGGCGUCACGGAUCUAUUGGAGCUCUUCUCCUGGCUUGAGUCAUUUAGAGCUAGAAAGGUUGAAAUCAAAUGUAUAUGCUGGAAUCUAUUACUCACGAAAUCUCCCCAAACUCUACCUCCUUAUUAUGUGCAUACUUGAUCCGCUUCCAAUCCCGCACGGAUAUCAUUUUCAUGUCAUCUCUCAGAAAGUCAUACUCCACGACAACGGCGCUAAGCAUCUACAUUUAUAACCCGC